AUGUCUUUUCUGCAGGGGACCCAUAAUCCCUCACUUGAGGCAGAACAUAGAGAGGUUUCUCAGUCUUAUGGUCCCCGGCUGAAUGAGUUGCCUACUAAUGGCCAGUUCAUGGUCAACCCAAUUGGUGAAUCAGCUGGUACGGAUGUGGAUGUUUCCCUAUCGCCAUCAAUAAUUGUUGGCAAAGUGAAUAUUGGAGCAAACGAAAUCGAGGUAGGUCUUGCCAGUUCUCAUUCGGAUUAUAACUUUCAGUAG